UUAACUAGUAACAACAACUACAAUUACCCGGAUCUCGCAUCUGCCGUCAGUCGGUUACAAGUGUCGUGAACUACUCAGCACUUAAAAAGGAGUGACCUGCUGGUUGAGCGAGACGUGGAGAGAGAGCAGUUCAAGCUACCGUGUGAACAUGUCUGAGCCUAUUAGAGUUCUGGUGACCGGCGCUGCUGGGCAGAUUGCCUAUUCCCUCUUGUUCAGCAUUGCCAAGGGAGAUGUCUUUGGCAAAGAUCAGCCAGUUGUCUUGCUCCUUUUGGACAUUACACCCAUGUUGCCAGUCCUGGAGGGUGUUGUCAUGGAGCUGCAGGACUGUGCCCUCCCACUUCUGAGAGAGAUUGUCCCCACUGACAAGGAGGAGGUGGCCUUCAAGGACCUGGACGCAGCCAUCUUGGUGGGCUCCAUGCCCAGGAGGGAAGGCAUGGAGAGGAAGGACCUGCUCAAAGCCAACGUGGCCAUCUUCAAAAGCCAGGGAGCCGCCCUGGAGAAGUACGCCAAGAAAACUGUGAAGGUGCUGGUUGUAGGAAACCCUGCCAACACCAACUGUCUGAUUGCAGCCAAGUCUGCUCCCUCCAUCCCCAAAGAGAACUUCUCCUGCCUCACUCGUCUGGACCACAACAGAGCUCGCUCUCAGGUGGCGAUGCGCUGUGGCGUUCCUGCCACCCAUGUGAAGAAUGUGAUCAUCUGGGGCAACCACUCGUCCACCCAGUACCCAGACGUGCAUCACUGCUUGGUCAACAUGUCUGGUAGCGAGCUCGCCUGCUUUGAGGCUGUCAAGGAUGAUACCUGGCUUAAAGGAGAUUUCAUCGCUACGGUGCAGCAGAGAGGCGCUGCAGUCAUCAAGGCCAGGAAGCUGUCCAGUGCCAUGUCUGCAGCCAAGGCCAUCUGUGACCACAUGAGAGACAUCUGGUCAGGCACCCCCGAGGGUGAGUUCAUCUCCAUGGGUGUUUACUCCUCUGGUAACCGGUAUGGAGUCCCAGAAGACCUCAUCUACUCAUUCCCUGUCCAGAUCAAGGGGAAGUCCUGGAAGAUUGUGGAGGGCCUGACAAUCAACGACUUUUCCCAAUCAAAGAUGGACGCCACUGCAGCAGAGCUGAUUGAGGAGAGAGACACAGCUGUGACUUUCCUGGGAGUAUGACUAGACCCUACCAGGCCACCCAACCAACACUUAGACAGAUCCAAAACUCCAGAUGCACGCCUGUGAUGAAGCACUCCACCCAAUCCCUGCAUUACUUUGUGUGUGUAUGAGAGAGUGAGUCAGUGUUUAUGAGUGUAAAGUUGGAUUUACACUUGUGCGUUGAGUGGCUAAUUCUAUGCACGCUUUUUUUUAAAUGUACAGAAGCUACGGAGAUCCCAAAUGGAGACAGAGGUUGGCCUGUGUGGAUUACUUGUGCUUUCGUGUACAAGUUUUCCAUACCAGUGCGGACAUUUCUGUUUACUUUGGCUAUAAAUGAUUGCACAGCAUUAGUCUCCUUUUCAGAAGACAGAGACACCCACAGCAGGGGCGCUUUACAACCGACGCACAAGUAUAACUCCACCUUAAGUAUACAGUAUCUACUGAAAGUCCAGCAAAUUUGUUACAAGCUAUUUUCCAAUACUUUUUCUCUGGGGGGGGUCAGUGAAACAUGGAUGGUUGUUACAUAUAGUCCUUGAUACACUGUGUCUUCAAACACUGGAAUGGAUAACUUCUAAGUUAAAUAAUAAAACAUUAAACAGUG